AUGAGAGAAGGAAAUCUAAAUUCCCUCUUUUCUCUUCAGCCAGGUGUAAUGUAUGUGGUCAACUCUUACCUCCACGUUCUUAAAAAUAUCGAUACAAGUUGGGGAGACCCGAAUAGUCCAUCAAGUUCAAAGAAGUCCUCAAGACGGCGGAAGUCACGCUUCUCGUCACGCAAGUCACGCAAGAACAGUCACGCGUACAGUAGUAGCUCGGAAAGCGGGCUGUACAGUGAGGAAUUUGUGAACUCUGGGUAUUAUGGAGAUGACGAAGUAGAACGCUGUCGGUGUAAAAGAUGCGUAAGCGAAGCGCGGGCAAGGAAACCCAAGCUAGACCUUGCCGCGGAUUAUGACAUUAUCAGCGUAGACUUGAGCGCGUGUUCAACGCCUAAACAGGAACCAAUACUCUAUCGCCCUAGAGAACAAACAAAUUUUGAUGAAUACAUUAUUAUUCCUUCGUCUAAAGAGGAGUUCAUUUCUGGAGAACCAGCACACAGCACCCCUCUUGAAGGAGCAAAAACUGGUGAUUUUAACAUCAGCGCGGGUCCGCCUGUUAGAGUUGAUAUUCAAAACGCGCUAAAUAAAUGUUUAUCAUGCACUUUGUUAGAGGACACUGAAAGUGAUAGUUUGUCACCAAAGCGCCGACCUUUACCAUUGCAGCGGAUAUCGAGCAACGGUUCUGGAGUAUGUUGGUGGAGAGAAAAUAUUGUAUGGCAGCUUAAACAGCGGAACGAUGCGGAGACAAAAAGAUUCUCACAGCUCCAGGCCGAGGGACAAAGAUGCCGAGCCAAGGUAAGAAUAAACAGGGAACUUGCGGAUUAUUUAAAUAAGUAUGGUGAACUAAGUCAUCCGAAUGAACCUUCAGUGAGUACUACUGCCUCACUGAGCAUGGAGGUUGAGUCAAUUGAUAGAUCGGAGCUGGCUUUAGCGAUAAGAAGUCAUGGGACAUCCAGCUUUUUAGCGGAUGAGGUCGAUGCUGAGAGACGUGUUAGAACGGACAGCAUCGCGCAUUUAGCGAGCACUUACCUCAAUCGACAAAGAACUCUUGCGGAAGAAAAACAGACGGAAAGUGAAGAUUCAUACUCACCCGGAUGUGAAAAAUCCCGUAUGAGCACCAAGUUCGUGAAACGUGCAGCGGGUAAAAAGUGGCGGGAAAAUAUUGUAAACCAGCUACAGAUGCGGAACUUUCUAGAAUGCAAGUACUUUACUGAUGCUUUAGUGCGUAGAACCAUGUCUCAGUUAAGUACAUCAGAGAAAGUGUUGCCAACUCAUGGACGUGGUUUGGAAGAGUACGAUAUUAUUUCAGAGGAAGAAGUUAGUAGCCUGGACUCUGCAAGUACAGUUAUGAAUUCUACUCAUUCAACUUCCCUGUCCCAAGGUUACAUCUCUGCACCGUUCAGUAGUCGUUUCUUUAGACGUAAACGUAAAUAA